AUGACUUUGCUGGAUCGAGGAAGUAGGAAAACUUUGAGAGAGAACAGAAUAGUUAAAAUUUCAGUAGUCUUGAAGGACUGCGUAGUUAGGGCAUGUAAAUUUGAUUCUCCUGUGUAUUAUUCUGCCGGCAGAUCUUCUAUUUACGCUAGGAUGAUACCUAUUUUAUCAGUCGGUCACCGCUGCGAAUGUCACGCAAAUCCAUUCUCGAUCUUCCUGCCGAAAUCCUCGACCAGAUCCUCUCCGUCUGCGAGCAAGACUCAGAAGGCAGACGCUCAUUGCAACGCCCCUCUCCUCACCUGCCAGAAGCUCUACCAUCUCACACUCCGCGUCCUCUACCGCGACCUACGGUUCACCUACUACUCUCCUCCCCCAUCGCGGACGAGCUCCCUGCACCGGACUCUAGAAUCGAAUCCAAGGCUAUAUUCGUUCGUCUGGUCUCUUGUCCUCGAUCUGCGACCGAAGGAUCCGGCCGAGUAUAUCACUCUCGACGACUAUGUGGCGGCCGCUAGCGUGCUAGGCCGGUGUGAGGCGAUCCACUCGCUGCAGAUCUGGAGCGCCGCCUUCCUGUCACCCGAGGACCGGAGGGAGACCUUUCCAAAUGGAAACGCUGCCGGGCCAACCGGCAAUCGACCUCUGCCGAUGGGAACUCUUGCAGUCGGGAUGGCCAGCAACCGAGAUUCGCCCGGCUAUGGCUUCAAUCUCCGCUUCGACUGCCAGGCGCAGGCCCAUGACUUGCGACUCUUGCCGGGCACGGGCAGAAAGCUCCCUGUGCCAGGGACGACUCCCGAAAAUGAACGCGAUCCAGGUCUGCAGGGUGAUGCCCGCCGCCGCUCGAUUGACUUCAGCAUAUCAUUCGGGGAGGGUCACGCCAGAGAAGGGUAUGAGGCGAGGAACAUCGAGUUUAUCCACGUCUUCGUGUGGAUGAAACGUCAUCCGCAAACGCUCCGUCGCAUGGUCUUCGGUGACUUCAGGUCCCCUACGCUGGUUAAGGAGUUCCGAGCGGCGGCGUACCCCAACCUGCACACUGUCGUCUGUCCGCCCGUCCACGUGAAGGAGCGCAGGCGUGGGUAUAGCACGUACCAACCGCCCUCCGAGGUGGUCGAUCGGCUUCUGGGCCCGUCGGUGCAUACGUUUGUGUUCGACCUGGCCACCUAUAACCAGCAGUUGGGACUAUCUUCUACCGCGUUUGGGGAGCCGGAGGAGCGAUGGCUGCGGGAGCUGGCCCAUAUUGCCGCCGCCCCGGGCCGAAACUUGGCGCUGCGGACAAUCUACAUCGACUUUAAACCGGACCCGGAUUGUGAACACGGAUUCGAUCCGGCGAACUAUGCUUGGGACCGUAUAGUGCGAUUGCAGAGGCAAUUACAGCCCUUGGGCAUUCAAGUGGAGUACACAGCGCCUUCGAUGAGGCGAGAAGAGUAUCACGAGCUGUGUCAACAACAUCAGGAGUGGAUCGUGGAUGAAGCCCAUCGGGAGGAAAUGAGGAGGAUAUUAUUGCAAAACCUCUUACAACAUAACGCCUUCUUCGGGGGCUGGCCGCCAUGA